AUGUCAAAGUCUUCAUUCUCUAAUCCAUCACGAUGCAUUUUUGCUAUUGGAAAUACAGGCACAGGGAAGAGUUUUACUGCAACCUUUUUUGGGGCGAAAAAUGUGAAAAUCGGGCGUUCCACCAACUCCGAAAUAAAUGAAGUUACGAUUUAUAAUAUUAAAGACGGAGGUUUCUACAUUGAUACACCUGGGUUAGAUGCUUCUCACGAAAACACGAACGAUGAGAAAAUUAAGCGUUCGAUUUUUUUUAAGAUGAUGGAAGAGGGAAUUGAAAAUAUCACAACAAUCUUGUGGUUCGUGGCACCUGAUGACAGAGCGAAAGCUUCAUAUAAACGUCAAGCAAAGUUUAUAGAAACUUUGACGAAAUACUACACCGGUAAUGCGUGGGACAAUACCAUCAUCGUAAUUAAAGGUGCCAGUGACACGAAUAGUGCUGGUCCUCGUGAUGCUGCCAGAGAAAUGGCUACCUCGCUUUCAAGAACCGGCGAAUUUAAGAUUUUACUAUUUGAAAGUUUACCAUCUAAUAGUGUUUAUCGAAGAUAUGAAUCGUUAAUGAAAGGACAUGUCGAGCGUCCAAUACUUCUCGAAAUUAGAAGAGUCAAGUGUUUGAAAUGUCCCGAAGAAACCGAUCCGAGGUUUGCAUCGCCAAAGUGUCAUUUGGAUUCAGAAUCAUUUCACCCUGAUACAGAGCUUGUGCAUCAAGGAAACGUUAUAGAUAUACAUCCUGCUUCACAUUUUCAAAAGCAUUCAGAUCUCUAUGUUGGAGCUACAACUAGAAAAGUGUCUGACCAUAGUCCCGAAGCUUGGACCACUCGUGUCUUUACUUUUGGGGGAAUUAAACCUAAAAGAUCAAAACACAUACCUGGAUACUGGAAGUGCUGCAACAAGGGAAGAUGUUAA